CCUCUCUCUCUGCACCAUGCCUUUCGUAGAGCGCGUGUCUGACUCGGCCCUGGAGCUCCUGGCUGUGGAGCGUCUGGUCCCGGCCCUGCUGGCCCACGGGUUCUGCCACCUGGACGGCGUCCUGGGCCCUCUGGCCGGGGACGCGGUGCUGGAGCAGGUGAAGGAGCUGCACCGGUCCGGAGCGCUGCAGGACGGCCGUCUGGCGGUCCGGGCCGGGGUCCGCCGGAGGAGCGUCCGCGGGGACCAGAUCACCUGGGUGAGCGGGGCCGAGCGCGGCUGCGAGGCCGUCAGUCACCUGCUCACCCUGCUGGACAAGCUCACCUGCGUCUGUGCCAGCAGGCUGGGGGGCAAGAAGAUACGAGAGAGGUCCAAGGCGAUGGUGGCGUGUUACCCUGGAAACGGAGCGGGUUACGUCAAACACGUGGACAACCCGAACCGCGACGGACGCUGCAUCACCUGCAUCUACUACCUCAACAAGGACUGGAGCGCCAAGCACGGCGGCAUCCUCAGGAUCUUUCCGGAGGGGAAAUCCUACGUUGCCGACAUCAAACCGCUGUUCGACCGGCUGCUCUUCUUCUGGUCCGACCGCCGGAACCCCCAUGAGGUUCAGCCCUCCUACGCCACCAGGUACGCCAUCACAGUUUGGUAUUUUGACUCUGAGGAGAGAGCCGAGGCCAAGAGACGCUUCAGAGACCUGACAGAUUCAUCUCGGGAGCAGGACAGCAUCUCCAGAUGAGUUUCAUGUGAGGAAACGUCAUCACCUUGUGUAUCACCUUCGAUCGAGAGACGACAGCAGGAUUUCUCCCAACUCGCAAAAUCUGAAAGAAAUGGAAUAAAAACUAAGAUUUUUUACUCUAGUGUGGAAGAGUUGAGCGGGAUUUCAACUCUUCAACUGAUAAAUCUGCAUACCCUCAUCGCUCCUGUCAGCACCCAGAGUGGAAGGAACAAUCAGCCUGAACAGCUGCGGUCGCUUUGGUCACCUGAUGAAUGAUGAGGUCAGGUGACCUGCAGCUGCUCUGAACUUUUCCUGCUUUACAUGAUAUGUGUGCAAUACUCUGCUGAGUCAGAGGAAAACAGCGGACCGCUCCUUCAAGCUAAAGGAGAGUUGACAAAAAGUCAUAAGAGACAUGAUGCUAACAAACCUGUGUAAUAAGUGUCACUGUAACAUGUUCUUUUUAAGUCUUUUGAAUCAGACACACAUGACAGUUCUGUGUUAAGUUGAUGUUUACUGAUAAAUGUGGAAUGAAACUUGCUGAAAAGUCCAAUUCUUUCAUAUUUUCACUUUGAGCAGCAUUAUGAUUUUGUGAUCUGAUAAGCUGUCACUUUGUAUUCCUGGAUCUUUAAAUGGCCUCGAGCAUUCUGUGCAUUCUCCGCCCUCCACCAAUACAGAAGGACAAAGAGGGAGAUAAAUUCCACCGACGCAGCAGAUUUGACGGACGGCAUUAGAAGCAGAUGUCUGUGUGUGUGUGUCUGAAUUAUUGAUGCUUCGUUCAAACAGCUCUUCAGAGAAGUUAUGGAGCCCGAAUAGCACUCAAUGCCAACUUACCUUAUCUUUUUCCUUACUGGUCUUACCUGGGAUAUGUUUUUAACAUGUUGAAACAACUGUGUUUGAUAGAAAAGGAACAUUUUCUCUCAGCUUAGAUACUCUGAAUGCACUGGAACCUGU